UCACAACGGACACAGCAAGAACAGAUAAAGCAUCUCCUUGGUUCGGUUCCUCCAGUUCCCACCCAAAGGAAAGGAAAUUUAUCGGGCUGCUUAUAAAUUCUAGUGCAUCCUCACUCGUUCAUCGACAAAACCACAAGCAUUAGUGAUAAGCUUCUCAACAAAACAUCUGAGGAUCUAAUGGCGUCCAUAAAAUCGGUGUUUGUGGUGCUCGCGGUACUGGUCUCGGCGGCGCCAAUGGCCGUGGUGGCCGGCGACCCGGACAUCCUGACCGACUUCGUGGCGCCGACCUACAUCCCAGGCAUACCGGCGACGAACAUCACCGGCGACUUCUUCACCUACACGGGCUUCGCCUUUCCCUUACCGCCGCUGAUGACCUUCUCGGUGCUCAAGGCCUCCAUGGCGCAGUUCCCUGCCCUCGACGGGCAGAGCGUGUCGUACGCCAAGCUCAGGUUCCCGCCGGGCACCGUGAACCCGACGCACACCCACCCGCGCGCCGCCGAGCUGCUCUUCCUCCUCGAAGGCGCGCUCUCCGUCGGCUUCGUCGACACCGCCGGCAAGCUCUACGCCAAGGACCUCGCCGCGGGCGACAUGUUCGUGUUCCCCAAGGGCCUCGUGCACUACCAGUACAACCCGGGGAGCAUCCUCGCCGUCGCGUUCUCGGCGUUCGGCAGCGCCUUCGCGGGGACCGUGAACGUUCCCGCCGCCAUCUUCGGCACCGACAUCGACGACGCCGUGCUGGCCAAGUCGUUCAAGACCGACGUGCCCACCGUGCUGAAGCUCAAAGCGGCGCUCACCCCGCCGCCGACGCCCAAGAACUGAUGAUCAUUCCUUAGCGAUAUGCUCUUUUAGUCCUGUUGCUCUUCUUCUUCGACG